UCUGUAAGUGAGCUGUUAGGGAAGGAAUUAAAUACGGAUAUGCUGUCUGCUUGCUGCCUUAAGACAGCGAAGCUGAAUUGCUGAUUCGUUUUAACUUUUAAAAUACCCUGCUUGGUGUAUAUUUCUUAGAAUUGUUGUAUUGCUAAGACUGGGGACGCUGUUUUCUUUCACAAAGGGAAAUCUAAGUUCAUUUCAAGGCAUUCGAAAUGGGGAAAGACUAUUAUUCCAUUUUGGGAAUUGAAAAAGGAGCGUCAGAUGAAGAUAUUAAAAAGGCUUACCGAAAACAAGCCCUCAAAUUUCACCCGGACAAGAACAAAUCUCCUCAGGCAGAGGAAAAAUUUAAAGAGGUCGCAGAAGCUUAUGAAGUAUUGAGUGAUCCUAAAAAGAGAGAAAUAUAUGAUCAGUUUGGGGAGGAAGGUUUGAAAGGAGGAGCAGGAGGUACUGAUGGACAAGGAGGUACCUUCCGGUACACCUUUCACGGAGAUCCUCAUGCCACAUUUGCAGCAUUUUUCGGAGGUUCCAACCCCUUUGAAAUUUUUUUUGGAAGACGGAUGGCUGGUGGUAGAGAUUCUGAUGAAAUGGAAGUAGAUGGAGAUCCUUUUAGUGCCUUUGGAUUCAACAUGAAUGGAUAUCCAAGAGACAGGAAUUCUGUGGGGCCGUCCCGCCUCAAACAAGAUCCUCCAAUUAUUCAUGAACUUAGAGUAUCACUUGAAGAAAUAUAUAGUGGUUGUACCAAACGGAUGAAGAUUUCUCGGAAAAGGUUAAACCCCGAUGGAAGGAGUUAUAGAUCUGAGGACAAAAUUCUUACCAUUGAGAUAAAAAAAGGGUGGAAAGAAGGCACCAAAAUUACUUUUCCAAGGGAAGGAGAUGAAACACCAACUAGUAUUCCAGCAGACAUUGUUUUUAUUAUUAAAGAUAAAGAUCACCCAAAAUUUAAAAGGGAUGGAUCAAAUAUAAUUUAUACAGCUAAAAUUAGUUUACGAGAGGCAUUGUGUGGCUGCUCAGUUAAUGUGCCAACAAUGGAUGGAAGAACCAUACCUAUGUCAAUAAAUGAUAUUGUGAAACCUGGAAUGAGGAGAAGAAUUAUUGGAUAUGGACUACCAUUUCCAAAAAAUCCUGAUCAACGUGGUGACCUUCUAAUAGAAUUUGAGGUGUCUUUCCCAGAUUCUAUAUCCUCAUCAUCCAAAGAAGUACUUAGGAAACAUCUUCCUGCCUCAUAGAAUGAAAAACUUUGUUACCCGUAUUUUGAUAAGGCACUGAAAAUAUAAAAGGACUGGCUGUUUACUGAUGUAGAUGUGAAUUCUGUAUAAAGAUGUCUAAAUUAUAUUGAGGAUUCAUUAAAUUGCAUGACUAGAGACGGGUCAAAUAAAUAGGCAAAAGGGAUUUUUACAGUUAUAGAUGAAGAGAAACCAUUCACUCUAUUUUGUUUCUCCCAAGUCAGAAAUUUUUAGUAUUUUGCUUACAGGUAAAAUUUGUUUUUGUGGAGUUAGUAGAUAUAUUUCUAAUAAAGUACAAGACUAUCCAAGUACUUUAUUUCUUAUAUCUUUACAUUAUCAGUACAGUAGUUUCCCAUUUAUAAUGAAAAUUUAAAUUUUUAACUAAGCUAUACAUGUGAUAUGUAUUUCUAGAAAAUAAAAACCCAAGUCAUUUGGAAAUGUGGUGAACUAGAUUCAAAUCACUAUCUGAAAUGCUGCUAUUGGGCUGGUACCCAUAAAAGAAGACCCAAAUACAUAAUGUUUUACCAUUUUGAUUUUUAAACUAUGCUAUAGCAUUUGUUAAUAACAUCGUUGUAAUGUUCUUAAGGCAGACCUUUUCUCCAUAAAAAGGAAAUUAAUGGCAAUUUAUCUCCUGUGGAAAUCCCAAUUGCCUGAAUUACUGAUAUUUUAGAAAUAGGCUGUUUUUAAAAUGCCGUAUGUAAUUUUAUGCAAGUUGACUAUAUCUCUUGACUUAAUAAGUUAUAGGCACAUUUUAUUGUCCACUAGUUUAAACUAGUUUGUUUAAUAAUAAAUAUGCUUUUAGAGGAAAUGUUGUUACUUGGAAUUAAUUUUCCAAUUACACAGUCUUCUAUAACUUACUCAAAAUAUGCUAUAUGUACCUUACAUAAUUUCCCUAAAAAGAAUAAACUACCACUAUGGUGUUAAGCCAAAAUAUGGGAAAAAUAAAUACUAACUGCUGCUUAUUAAUGAUGUUGCUACUACUUGUUAUGCAUAUAAAUAUUUUACUUUUUCAUAUGAAUAGAUUGCAUUUCUUAGGUGUUUUAAUUUUUAAAAUAUAUUUGCAUCUAAAAAUUAUUUUGUUUUGAUUUCUGUUUUUUAACUAUAGUGAAAAUGAUGUUUUGAAACAAUUUGGCUCUAAAGUAAUUUUUAGGGUGAUAAACACACACACACACACACGAGGUAUAUUGGAUCCUAUCACUCUUUAAGCAUAAGAUGAAGUCAUCUUUUAGAAAUUCAAUAAAUAGGUUGCAAUUGCCAUCUAUUUUAUACCUUUAAUGAGAUAGAAUUCACAUGCCACAAUGUUUACCCUAUUUAUUUUAAUUUUUUUUUUCUUUAUUGAUUUGAGACAGAGAGGAAGGGAGAGGGAGAGAGAGCUAGAAACAUUGA